UACUAAACCAGGUACAGGGUUCUGAGCAUGGGGCCCUUUGUGACUGCAUGGGCUGGUCACCCAUGAAACCAACUCUGUCUCUGGCAGAGGGGAUUGCAGGCUUUGGGACCAAGGAACUCCAGCCUGGGAGCCAGGCACAGCCUGAGGCUGUGCUGAAAGCAGAGGAGGAAAUGUCGCCCAGGAACUGCAUGCCACAGACCCGGACAGUGAGGGCUGGAGCACAAAGAGGGAAUGGGUUAGUGAGCCUGGAAGGAAUGUGGCUCUUCCCACAGUGCCUCUGGGGUCUUGUGCAUCAAGUACCCAUCUAAUGAGCAAACUCACUGAAUAUACCGUGUGUGUGUGUGAGAGAGAGAGAGAGAGAGGCGAGAGAGGAGAGAGAGUGAGAGAGAGAGACAGAGACAGAGAGACAGAGACUAAAAUAGAAGAAAGCUGCAAAGUGCUGGAGGGCAGGAGUCAGAGGAGAAAGAGGCCCAUUCUGCCCAUUCUUGCUGGAAAGAGGCUUUGCAGAGGGGCUUGCCUGGGAACCAUGAACUGCAAAGGGGGCCAGGGUGAGGAUUCUGAAGUUUGCCCUAGGGGUAGGAGCAUACUUUAGGGGAUGAGCGACACAUCCCUCGGCUUCCAGAAGUCGUAUGGGGCUAAACGUGGAGAGUAACAAGCAGGGAGACGCGACGAAUAUCAGGCUCAGGGAUCUCCAAACGCAGCCAACUCCUCCCGGGGACACAGACCCCGCGGAGACACAGUCUCGACAGAGGGGGAGUGUGCUCCGCGGGAUCUGAGCGAGCCCCCGCCAGCGCCCCGCCCACUCGGGGGCCGCCCUCCUCUUGCCACCCGGCUGGACCCGCCUCCCGACGGUGCGCGGAGGUGCGGCUCGGUGCGCAGCUGCGGAGGAUCGCUUCCGGGGGGCGGGUCAGCGGAAGUGAGGGCGGUAGCCCACGGUGGAAGGAGGGGCCGUGAGGUGAGAGAGUCCCGGAGCCCGAGACUGAGAGGGAAAUCUGGUGCUCCUCCAGAUGGCCUGAUAUGAAGGAGUCACGCCUCCCACCUCCCGGAGCUGCCCUGUGGCUGCCUUGUCCUUCAAGUGCAGGAGCUGGUUCACGUGUCGGGAAUGGAAGCCAGUGUGACCAUACCAAUCUGGCAAAACAAGCCGCAUGGGGCUGCUCGAAGUGUAGUAAGAAGAAUUGGGACCAACCUACCCUUGAAGCCGUGUCCCCGGGCAUCCUUCGAGACCCUGCCCAACAUCUCUGACCUGUGUUUGAGAGACGUGCCCCCAGUCCCUACCCUGGCUGACAUCGCCUGGAUUGCUGCAGAUGAAGAGGAGACAUACGCCCGGGUCAGGAGUGAUACGCGCCCCCUGAGGCACACCUGGAAACCCAGCCCUCUGAUUGUCAUGCAGCGCAAUGCCUCCGUUCCCAACCUGCGUGGGUCCGAGGAGAGGCUUCUGGCCCUGAAGAAGCCAGCCCUGCCAGCCCUAAGCCGCACCACUGAGCUGCAGGAUGAGCUGAGCCACUUGCGCAGCCAGAUUGCAAAGAUAGUGGCAGCUGAUGCAGCUUCGGCUUCAUUAACGCCAGAUUUCUUAUCUCCAGGAAGUUCAAAUGUCUCUUCUCCCUUACCUUGUUUUGGAUCCUCAUUCCACUCUACAACUUCCUUUGUCAUUAGUGACAUCACCGAGGAGACAGAGGUGGAGGUCCCUGAGCUUCCAUCAGUCCCCCUGCUUUGUUCUGCCAGCCCUGAAUGUUGCAAACCAGAACACAAAGCUACCUGCAGUUCGUCUGAAGAGGAUGACUGCAUCUCUUUGUCCAAGGCCAGCAGCUUUGCAGAUAUGAUGGGUAUCCUGAAGGACUUUCACCGAAUGAAACAGAGCCAAGAUCUGAACCGGAGUUCAUUGAAGGAGGAGGACCCUGCUGUGCUUAUCUCUGAGGUCUUACGAAGGAAGUUUGCUCUAAAGGAAGAAGAUAUCAGUAGAAAAGGAAACUGACAACCCUCAGCUCUGCAAACUCAGUCUCAUGCUCCUGGAAUACCUUCAAUAGCUGCCUUCCUCACCACAGAUGUUUCUGCCUCUAAAGGAGAAAUCUUCUGCAACAGUCUUGCUAACAAGCUAGAGCUCGGACUGAAAGAGAAGAGCUGGAUUAUAUGUUUCCCAGACUUCAAACCCUGGCAGAAGCUAAGGCUUGUGAUUUGACCUGAGACAUUUGUUUCAGGUAAUCGUAUAGAAUGAAGUAUCUCAGUUUAAAGGGUAAGAGAGAAGUUGUUUCUGGUUUUUCCUUGCCCCUGUGUGAAAACAGGUCCGAAAUGACUGACUGACUUCACUGCAUUAGACCCUAUAACUGGUCUCACAAGACACUUUGUGCCCAGCUGUCACUCACUCUCAGCAGCUUCCUUGCAGCAGAGCAGGGCUGAGGGGAAGGGGCUAUAAAUGUUUGUAUACACGUUCACAGGGCAUGGAAAAUUUUAUGCUGCUCCAUCAUAAACCUACACCAAUGCCCAGCAAUCACCCUCCUCACUUCCUUGUCUACAUGUAGAGGUCAGGCUGCUGAACCAGCCAACACAUGGGCUACUGCUGGGAAGCCUGGGCUGUUUUUUUUCUUAAACACAUUUUAUAUUACUGAACAACCAAAUCUACCCUCCAUGGCCCUGAGGCCUUAUCAGUUCCACUGAUUAAAAACUUUCUCUUUCACGGACUUUAAGCCCGGUAGGAAAGAGAAAGGAGGAGGGGGAAAGAGCAUACCAUCUUUCUUCCAGGCCCUUGACUGCUCCUUUGGGUUGGGCCAAGGUUUGUACCUACCACACCAUGCAUGACUCAGAUGCCCUCAGGUCCCUUUCUCUAUGGUAUGUAUACUGUGUGUGUUUGGGUUGAAGCACUACCUGACAUUAAAGGAAGGACUUGGAGAGAGAAUGCA